GUGCAGGGAUAGUCCUGGCAAACCCAGAAAAUCGAUUGUUUUGCCAUUCUGUAAAAUUCCUCUUCCCUGCAACCAAUAAUGAAGCCGAAUAUGAAGCCUUACUAUCUGUAUUGGAUUUGGCCGGAUCUAUGAACGUGAAACAAUUGAAGGUCUUUUCAGACUCUCAGCUCCUCGUCAACCAAAUUAAUGGCUCAUACGAAGUCAAAGAACCUCGGUUAACCCCAUAUCUAGCUUUGGCAAAAAAGAAGUUAUCCAAGUUUGCUGCCGAGGUAGAGCAUAUCCCACGAACCCUUAAUGUCCAAGCAGACGCUCUAUCUCGAUUAGCCUCAAGUACCGGGAUGGAGAGCAUGGAGUAUGUCCAAGUCGGACAGCAGGAGCAACCAUCAACCUGUCUUUCCGAGGUCACCGUUUUAGACCCCGCAACGUCGCAAAACUCUCCGACUUGGAUGGAUCCUAUCAUUCGAUAUUUAGAGACCGGGGCCUUACCAGCAAAUCCUAAGGAAGCUCGGGCACUUCGGAUCCGAGCAGCACGAUAUACGCUGGACAAUGGAAUUUUAUUCAAAAGAGGAUACUCCACCCCGCUUUUAAAAUGCGUGAAUGAAUCAGAUUCGCGGUAUAUCCUUGAAGAAUUCCAUGAAGGAGUUUGCGGAAGUCACCCCGGUGCGCAAGCCUUAUCUUACAAAGUCUUGCGACAGGGUUAUUAUUGGCCGACCUUAAAAACCGACGCCGCCGCGUGGGUUCGUAAAUGUCCGAAAUGCCAAAUAUUCGGCCCCAACAUCCACCGAUCUCCCGAAGAGCUCAAAUCAAUCUACAGUACAUGGCCUUUCGCCCAAUGGGGAAUCGAUCUCAUAGGUCCCCUGCCAACCAGGAAAGGAGGUGUCCGGUUCGCCAUCGUAGCAGUUGAUUAUUUCACUAAGUGGGCCGAAGCCGAACCGUUAGCCACAAUAACCGAACAGAAA